GAUUUGUUGGUGGUGUUGUUGGUGUCAUUAAGCCUGGCUGAUUGAUUUAUUGACGGUGUUGUUGGUGUCAUUAAGCCUGGCUGAUUGAUUUGUUGGUGGUGUUGUUGGUGUCAUUAAGCCUGGCUGAUUGAUUUAUUGACGGUGUUGUUGGUGUCAUUAAGCCUGGCUGAUUGAUUUAUUGACAGUGUUGUUGGUGUCAUUAAGCCUGGCUGAUUGAUUUAUUGACAGUGUUGUUGGUGUCAUUAAGCCUGGCUGAUUGAUUUGUUGACAGUGUUGUUGGUGUCAUUAAGCCUGGCUGAUUGAUUUAUUGACAGUGUUGUUGGUGUCAUUAAGCCUGGCUGAUUGAUUUGUUGACAGUGUUGUUGGUGUCAUUAAGCCUGGCUGAUUGAUUUGUUGACAGUGUUGUUGGUGUCAUUAAGCCUGGCUGAUUGAAUUAUUGCCUCUGAUUGUCUUCAUUACUGACAUUAUUUUGGGCUGGAUUAUUGAUUUUCAUGUGUAAAAGAUGCCUGCUGGGUUUUCUGUCAUUUUAAAUUGAUUAAUAAUACCAGAUGUUACUGUGUUAAACUGUAAGAGCUCUAAACUGAUUCUAAACAGACUCUACUCUGUGUUGUUUCAGGCUGUGAUGGCGAAUCCGCUCAGUUUACAGAUACCCAGUAAAUCGUGGGAACUUAGUCUGUAUGAGCUGCACCGAACACCGCAGGAGGCGAUUAUGGACAGCACAGAGAUUGCUGUGUCUCCCAGGAGCCUCCACAGUGAGCUGAUGUGUCCCAUUUGCCUGGACAUGCUGAAGAACACCAUGACCACCAAAGAGUGCCUCCAUCGCUUCUGCUCCGAGUGCAUCAUCACUGCACUCAGAUCAGGGAAUAAAGAGUGCCCCACCUGUAGGAAGAAGCUGGUCUCUAAGCGCUCUUUGCGGAGAGACCCGAACUUCGAUGCUCUGAUUUCCAAGAUUUAUCCGAGUCGGGACGAAUACGAGGCUCAUCAGGACCGCGUUCUGGAGCAGCUGAGCCGACUGCACAACAAAACUGCGCUGAGCUCCAGCAUCGAGGAGGGGCUCCGCAUGCAGGCUUUACACAAGCCUCAGCGUGUGCGGAAACCUCAGCAGGAGAGCGAUAACACCACCUUCAGCGGCGGAGAAGACAACGCUGACUCUCGCUCGCAUGUCUCACAUGACUCCGCCCCCUCCCACAUGAACUCUGCCCCCUCCAGCCAUGCCCCUGAGGCCGGCCCCAGCCGCAGUAAGAGGCAGCGAGGAUCCGAUGACUCGGAGGCUGAAGGGGAGAGUCGUAGACCCCCAGGCCAGAGCCCCACCUCUGAGAUAGAGCUAGUGUUCCACCCACACCCCCUACUGGCCAACACGCAGCACUACAGUCAGACCAGGUAUGUGAAGACCACAGCCAACGCAACAGUGGACCACCUGUCCAAGUACCUGGCCUUGCGGAUCGCACUGGAGGAGCAGCAGAGUGACACGCACUCUAAUACACAGCGGCCUGCAGAGGAAGAGACGGGAACGAGGGAGGAGGGAGGAGGGAGCAGCCUGCAGAACGUCAGCGAGAAACAGUACACCAUCUACAUCACUACAGCCGGAGGACAGUUCUCCACAUUGAACGGCUCUCUGACGCUGGAGCUGGUGAAUGAGAAGUACUGGAAGGUGAGCAAACCUCUGGAGCUUUACUACGCUCCCACCAAAGAACAGCAGCAGCAGCCACAGAAAACACCGCCGACCGGACCCUCACAGCCAUGAAGGACGACAGAUCUCCAGUCACUGCAGAUUCAGUUCGCUUCCUGUGUGACUGUGUUGGGCUUGUAGGUUCUAGACCCCACCUGUGUCAGGCUCCAGUCCUCGCAGGCCAAAGCUCUGCGGACUUCAUCACACUGUCUCAUUAAACACACCUGAUUCAGAGCGUUAGAUGAGGGUAUACGCUGAUCCACACAGCACUUUGACCCAGAAGCUCCCCGGUUUGACGUGCCAGGCCUAAAGGAAGUCAGUUCAGAAGGUCGGAGGUUGUUCCACAAGGCAGGGUUUUAUAUGCACAGUUGCUGCAGUGUGUGCACCUGUUUUUUAUAAAACCUUGUAACCGUUUUACAGCUUUUUAAAGAUUCACAUGGUAGAAAACAGUCAUUUAAAGGAGUUUUACAGAUGUAGAGAGAAUAUAUACUGAAAGUUCUUUUAACAGAUCAUGGGUUUGUACAUCUGUGUGCCCAAAAUCAGCGGGAAAAUUGGGCACAAUCUGGUUAGUCAGAUCACUUAAACCCAAAACUCAAGCCUGUCCAAUAAGCACAGAUCUAAUAGUGUUUCCUAUGCGAUAAACCUUACUUUGGGUUUAUAUUCUGCAGCUUAGUAAAGAAACCCUGCUCUGUGAAAAACCUCCCAGGUGCGUAAAUAAUGCACACAUGACAAUUUUAUAUCCCGCAUCUCCACAGCGUACGAGGACAUCUGCAGCCACUUCAGAUUUCAUAUGAAAUUUGUCGAUAUCCUGUUUAUAAAUCAUACCUUUUGACCGAUUGUUUGGCACCACUCUUUACUUACGAGAUGCACAAGAAAAUCAAAAAACGAAUAUGAUUCAUAUGUGGAGUCGUAUCAUAUCGUCACCAAAAUGAUGGUAUUACUUUUCAAAUAUAUUGAAAACACUAAAACAACACCGAAAUCCUUUCAUCCCAGGUGUGAUAUUGAUAGACAUUUUAUUCAUAAGAAGUCAACUUUUAAAAAAUCAACACUCUCGCCAUCGUUUGCAUUGACGAGCAACUUAGAAAGCCCACGGUUUGUAACCCACCCGUGUUCUAUUAAUUCCCCAUCAUCACCUGGUGAAGACAGUAGUCCUACAUGGUUACCAUGAUUCUUCAUGAUUCUCACGCUGGGUUUAUUACCAGUUUGCCAUUAAAACCAGUGAACGUCCCAUCCUUACUGUGUGUAGGUUAGAUCUCCUCACCUUCGUAGAUCAAACUGGUCGUCUGACUGUAAACACCUCCUGUUUGUGCUCCUCUGUUCACUCCAGCCAGCACUUCUGUCCUGUUGCUAUUGUACAAAUUUUGUAGCAUUUAGUAAAGAUUCUUAAAGACCAUAUUUAUAUAUAAUAUUGCUUUGGCAGUUUAUGCAGACGAUUGAUUGAGAUUUAUAUAUGUAUAUGCAAAGAAGAAGAAGGUUUAAGGUUUUGAGGAAAUAGAAAUCGAGUUUUCUUUGUUUUGAAUUAAAAGAUCUACCACAAUAACGUUUCCUUCUUCA